UACCGGCGUUCCUAUAAAUACGCUCGAAUAAGCGACAUAGGUCACAUUAGAAUACGUUGCACUAGUGUUCAUACUGUUAGCAACACUCGUUAGAAAUAUGGCGUACAAAAAUUUACUGUUAAUCUUGGUACUUGCUGUAAUCUAUGUUCAAGCUGCAUCGGAAAAGACAGAGAUUCAAAAUGCAGACAUAAAGCAGAUAAUCGAAGAUGGCAUGAAACUAGUACAGCGGAUUAACAAAGUAGACAUAGAGCACGUAAUGGAACACGCCACGCAACAAGUACAGCGGAUGACGAAUGCACCGAUUAUAAAAAACCUAUCUAAGGCCAUAGGACUGAGAAUUUGUCCGUUUGCAGUGAUGAGUGGAAUGAUCAAUGCUGGCAUGUGUAUAGCCCGAAAGCUUUUUAGUUCGAUGGGGAGUGCAUUUGGUACGAUGCUUAAAAUGUUUAUGUGUAUGGCGAGUCAUGGAUUAGGCAUGAUGACAAGUAUGUUCGGAGGUGGUGCGAGUGGUUUGGGAGGUUUAUUAGGAGGUUUGAUGCAUAUGUUCGGAGGUGGUACGGGAAGCGCUGAGGGAGGUGGUUUGGGAGGUUUGGAAGGUGGUUUGGGAGGUUUGGGAAAUGGAAUGACGAUUGGAAUAUAAAGUUUUUAAGUAAAAUUCAAGCCUAAAAUUAUUCAAACUCGGCGAAAUAUAUAAACAAAAACGGCGAGAAUUCUUGAAAUGUGACGCGUACAAAAGUGCUAAUAACAAAAUUUAUUUCACAUCAAUGAAUGAAUGUUUCUUAUUAUGCACUUCAAUUUACCAGUUUUAAAUAUCUAAAAUAAAACCUGUAACUGUAUAAAUUGAUAGCGAAAAAUGUAAUAAAAAUAUGUAAUAUAUGUAUACAUAUAAAUACAAUGUGCAAAAUAUAUUUCUGAAGCAUUAGCAAAAUGUA